GAGCGCCGAGCUGCCGAUCGGGUUUCCCGGCAGGCGCAGGCGGAAAAAGCGAGCACCGAGCUUCUGUCGCCAUCUCCGGGACUCCAAACGCCCCAGGUCUCUUGUGCCGUAAGCUGCCCGGGCCUGCAGGAUGUUCCACGGGAUCCCAGCUACUCCAGGCGUUGGAGCCCCUGGGAACAAGCCGGAGCUGUACGAGGAAGUAAAGCUGUACAAGAAUGCUCGGGAGCGGGAGAAGUAUGACAACAUGGCAGAGCUCUUUGCCGUGGUGAAGACGAUGCAGGCACUGGAGAAGGCGUACAUCAAGGACUGUGUCACCCCCAAUGAGUACACUGCAGCCUGCUCCAGGCUCCUGGUCCAGUACAAAGCCGCCUUCCGACAGGUCCAAGGCUCAGAGAUCAGCUCCAUUGAUGAAUUUUGCCGGAAGUUCAGACUGGACUGCCCACUUGCUAUGGAGAGGAUCAAAGAGGACCGACCCAUCACUAUCAAAGAUGACAAGGGCAAUCUCAACCGCUGCAUUGCAGAUGUCGUUUCGCUCUUCAUUACAGUCAUGGACAAGCUGCGUCUGGAGAUUCGUGCCAUGGACGAGAUUCAGCCAGACCUGCGGGAGCUGAUGGAGACGAUGCACAGGAUGAGCCACCUGCCUCCAGACUUCGAGGGCCGCCAGACAGUCAGCCAGUGGCUGCAGACCCUGAGUGCUAUGUCGGCCUCUGACGAGCUGGAUGACUCUCAAGUUCGCCAGAUGCUCUUCGAUUUGGAGUCAGCUUACAACGCCUUUAACCGCUUCCUACACGCCUAAGCCCCACCGAGGCAGGAAUGAGACCUGAUGGAGAUGUGACGACUCCGCCGGCCCCCAGUGUCUACAACCGUCCUAGAUGUCUAUAUUGUCAGGAUAUCACCCACAAUAAAGAUUGGUCUAACCUUCC